CAAGGGUUUUAGACUCCAAGCACAAUUGUCUGUGACUUGUAUUGCUGGGGCUGCCAAAGCAUGUGAUCAUGUGAUUUCUUAGUAUGCAAUUUGAAAUAAUGAAUGUGCUCUUAACUUCUUAUCAAUUGUUUUAUUUUAAAAUGUAAAUUUUAAACUAAACAUACUAUAGAUGAAGGUGGAGAUCAGAAGGGAAAUAAAUCAAAAUUCUAGUAUGGUAACGAUAUAGAACAGAUGAUAACUAGUAUAACCAAACCAUCUAAUUAGUCUAAUACUAGCAGAAGAAAAAAUAUAAACAAAAGCAUUAAACAGCGUACCAUGAAAAGCAUUAAACAAAUCCAUGUGUAGCAAAAACGCAAGUUCCUUAUUGCUUCCAUUUUAUUUCCACUUCUCAGAAAGGAAUUAUUCAUCCGGUAACUUAGCAAGAGGCUUUCAACAAUUCAAUAAAUAGUAACACCAACAUCAAACUUAGUAGCUACUCCUUCCUCUUCUUGCUUUGCCUCUUUCCUUGUCCUCUCUCAGCCUAUCAAUACCAAUGGAGUUAAGCUACCUUUCACUUCUUCUUCUCUCUAUUUUCCUUUUCCUACAUCCUUCUUUGAUCUCUUCUCAAAUCUGCCAGAGAAACUGUGGCAAAGACACUCUUAAGUACCCAUUUGGCAGUGGCCCUGGUUGUGGUGACCCUCGGUUCCAACCACAUGUAACUUGUAGCCAACAAAAGCUCACCUUCACCACUCACACAGGGUCCUACCCUGUUACCUCAAUUGACUAUACCAAUCAAGUCAUAUACAUCUCAGAUCCCACCAUGUCAACAUGCUCUUGCACUGUGCCUAGCAAAGGCUUUGGCUUGAAUUGGGAUGCCCCGUUUAGUUUUGAUGAUAGUACCAUCUUUGCUCUUGUAGACUGUGCAAUGAAUUCAUCAUCUAUAUGCAAAUCAAAUGGCUAUGAUGAUGGGAGCAAUUCUAAGCUUCUAUGUGAUCAAGGGUCACCAAUUUGUAGUCUUCUAUAUACGUGUCAGCCUAUUAGUACCAUUAACCUCCCCAUCUCCACAUGUUGUGUUUACACUCCAGUUAAUCUUGGCCCAUCUUUUGAAAUGGAUCUACAGAAGCUGCAAUGCCCUUCAUACACUGGAUUUUACAACUUCAACGAUCAACAAUCGGAUCCUGAAAAGUGGAACUAUGGAAUAGCACUCAAGUACAAGUUCAGUGUUACAAAUGACUAUCCUAGCUCAUGUGCUGCUUGUGAAAGGAGCUAUGGUGUGUGUGGGUACAGUGGAGCCUAUAGUUCAUUUAUCUGCAAUUGUCCUAAUGGGAUUAACACAACAACAGAUUGUUUCUUUGCAUCAUCUUACAAUAGUGGUUUUAGAAAUGGGGUUGCUUGGUUGAUCUAUCCUUUGGCAUGGUCCUUUGUUUGGUUCUACUUGUAAGUUAUUAUGGAUGGUACUUCAACAAUCAAGCUCAGGAGUCAUG